CUGUGUUGCGCCAUGUCAGAACUCAGGAAUUUCGGAAAAACCGGAGAAAAUCCGAUACGGAGGCAACACCUGCAGCUGAGAAGACAAGAAAGACAAGAAAACUAAGAGAUCAUGUUUAAUGGUUCACAUUCUAUUACUCCUAUCUACGUUAGCUUCCAACCCGGUCUAUGCCCUUUUUUUUUCUUUUUCUUAUGUUAGAUGCCAUCACUUCCUAUACAAAUUCACUAAGCACUAUCCAUAUCCCCCCCCCCCCCUUUACGCAUCCAAUCAUAUAAUCCUUUUGCAUGCCCACGUAUACCCCAAACUCCACUACCUCUUAUAAUAUUCUCACUUUUUAUCAUCAUCUUGGUUGCCUUGUUACUCCUUUAA